AUGGUUUCGUCGAACCAAAGACAACCGCCGCCAUUUGCCGCCAAGUCCUCAGACAAAUAUGCCAACCCAACCUCAACACAGCCGCUGCCGCCGCCUCUCACCACCACUUAUCCAACCCAUCCGCCACCCGGAUCAGUAUACACGCAAGGUUACCCCUUAUACACAAACGGAUACCCUUAUCCCCCCACCGCACCCCCCAACUACGGCACCCAAAUCCGCCGCAUACGACCCUUCUCAUUGUAUUGUGGUAUAUUAGCGGCGGUGUGCUUUUUCCUUGCGAUCUUUAUCAUUGCUGUGGCGUUACGUCCAAAACUACCCGUUUACAAGGUUGUGUCCAUGUCCGUCGCGAACUUCACCGUCACUCCAGCCUUGUCCGGCGAGUGGGACACCAACAUAUCCAUCGAGAAUCGCAACCACAUGGUUAGGGUUUUUAUCUCCGACUAG